GAGAUGCUCGUUGCUAUGGCGAUAGCGUCCUGGCAACAACUCCAGAUGCUGCUGAUGCUGCUGCCGUUGCAUCUCCUUCAUCAACCAGGACCUGUGACAAAGAGGGCAAGCAGAAAAGACGCCAGGUUGCCACAGCCGCAGGAAGGGAUGGUUGCCCGUUGUCGGUGGUGGUGGACUGGCAUCCUGCAAGCUUUUGGGCAUCACUGCUGAACCCAGAAAUCCCUGCACCCAGCAACCCACUCCAAAUGCAGACAGAGUCACACUCUCGCACAGUCCAGGAGUGAAGGAAUUGUAGGAGAAGAUGCUGUUUGUGAGAGUUGAGAGGUGGUUUGGGGAUGCCCUCCUCUAACCUCUAGGUCAAGGGUGCCAGCCUUGGGAUGCCACUUGGCCAGACUUCUGUCUCUAGCCAAGGGCUGGAGUGCGUUUCCCGUUUAUUUCUGUCUGCCUGACAGCCUUCUGACCACCCCCGUCUUUUUCAGGCUUAAAUUCCUGGAAAGACAAAAUGGCACAGAGGAGCCCAGUCUUCACAACGCUUGGACCGACCGAAAGGCGAAUCCGGAAUAUCCCCCUCCACAGCCAGGCCCUGACUGCGGUUCCUCUUGGGUCGGCCAGACUCAUGGACCAGCUGGAAGACCGGAUUCUCAGUCAUGAAAAGACGACAGCCGCCCUUGUGGAGCACGCUUUCCGUAUCAAGGAGGACAUUGUCUGCACGCUGCACAGGAUGCAGAACAAAGGCGGAGGUGACCGGCUGGCCAGGCAGCUCCUGGAGGAACACAUCCGCAACAUCACCGCCAUCGUCCGGCAGCUCAACCGGGACAUCGAGAUGUUGCAGGAACAGAUCCGCGUCAGGGAUAACCUCAGUUAUGGCACCAAUUCUACACUGAAGAGCCUGGAGAUGCGCCAAUUGUCUGGGCUUGGUGACCUCCGCGGACGGGUUUCAAGAUGUGAUGCCGGAUUAGCCCGCCUGUCUGCUGAGCACAAAGUCACUUAUGAAAGACUUCAAAACUUGAGCAAAGACCAGCAAGCAACUAAACUGAUCCUGGAGUCUAAAAUCAAAGAAGCCGAAAUCCAGAUUUCUCACCUUUUAAAUAGGAUAGAAACUUCAAUCAUGCAGCAAGAAGCCAAGCUGAAAGUCACAUACAAAGAAAGCAACCAGCAACUCCACCUUCUGGACACAAAAUUACAAGACGCCAUUGAUUACCUCAGCACCCAGAUCGCAUCCACGCGGAAUUGGGUGGAACAGGAGCACAAGCGGUUUGAGAAAGCCUUUAUGGAGAAGAUCGACCAACUGUCCCUGGCCAUUAAGGAAAAAAGUGAAAUGGACGGCAGAGCCUUAGAGGUGCAGUUCGGUGAGAUCCAUGGCAAACUGGAUAAAAUGGAAGACAUGCAAAAGAUGGCUGCAGAAGAACACGGGGCAAAGCAGGGUGAAGACCGGUUCGACAUCCAGCUGACCAAGCUUCAGAUGAAUAUUAAUGAAGAUAUAAAAGAAGUGAAAGCUGAGGUUAAUGCUGGAUUUGCCACCAUCUACGAGAGCAUUGGGUCACUGAGGGAGGCUCUGGAAGCAAAAAUGAAGCUGGACAAGGAAGAGCUGCAGAAUCAGAUUCAGCAGAUGAAGUGAAGCAUGGGAGGAAUACUUAGCUGAGAUUUUGGAGCCAAAGCUCUGAACAGCUGGAAGGAUGCUGAAGUGCAUCUGGGAAGUCCGCCUGGAAAAUGUUCCAGGUUGUCUUGUAAAAAUAAAUGCAUGGACUGAACAGCAUGCUUCAGAAUGAUUCGUGAAGCUGGACAGUGACUUGUUGUAAAUACUAAAAAACCUCAAAAUCUUGCAAUUGGAAGGAAUUCUUUUCAAGAAAGAGCUGCAAGAGCCACACCUCUGAAAUCCAGAUCAAAACUCCAUCAAUCUCAGAAGAUUUGUCUCGGCUGAAUUAGGCCGCAAUUUUUUUUGCCAAAGCUGUUGAAUACUGUGAGCAGCACAGCCAGAUAUCACAACAUGGUCCAAGAUGAAACACCCCUACAAUCUACAAAAUGCUUAAAAGAAGAAUGUGCAAGACCUCAGAUUAACCCAGCCAGUCUCUGACUCCAAAUCUGCACAUAGUGAGACUGAAAUCGUUUAAAUCCAUGCACUUCACCCAUAAUUGGUUUCUAUGGUCAGCGCAAAAGGGUGGUGCUAAGCUAUAGUGUCAUAAAAGUAAAAAACAAGUCUUGUCAGAAAGCAAAGGAGGUAAGGUGGUAAGUAUCUAUCAAGCCACAUAUUUAUAGUCUGCAGCAAAAGGCCCACGCAGAGCUUGGAAAUUUUACAUUUUUGGACUACAAUUCCCAGAGUUCUCCAGCUGUGCCACUGACAUGGAAAACACCAGCUGCCAUUGGUUGUCAUGUAACUAUACUAUCCUUUGCUGGAGAAAUCUAAAUUGUAAUACGGUGAUUAUUAAAAUGCCAAGGCCACAACCUCGCUGAGAUUUACGUGUCCCCUUGGUUUUUCAGAAGAAUCAGCAGAGCUUAACAUAGCCAGACUGUGACCCUGUUUUAUUCAUUAGUUGAGACAUCCAGCAGAACCUUCUUCACACUGCCUUCAAUGGGAGCAGCAAGUGACUUUGUACAGAUAUUUUAGACAGUAGGUAUUUCAAACAAAUGACAUCCUUCAUUUCACAUUAUCUUCAUCUUUGUACAGGGACAUCACAUCUUGUCAAAACUAAUUUCAUUUCCAUAAUCUUACAACUAUCGUGUUUGGCUAAUUCAUUUAUUGUCAAUAGAGAUUUCUCAGUUGUGCUUUAAUGAAAUCUAGUUUCUGUACAAAUCGCUAUCUCUAACUUUAAAAUCUCACACUGAAACCAUGAUUUUAAAGGACUAGAUAAAUCCACUCUUUGCACUGCACUGACACUUCCUUCAGUCACUGUAAAUCCGUACAAACACUGUGGAGAUAAGCGAGUGAACACUAAGUCAGGGCUAAUUCUGCCCUCACCUUUUUUUAUUUAACUAACGUGCCGCCUCUCAGGAUGUCUAAAGCAAGCCUUGAAAGGGCGAGCUUUGAAAGAGCUUCUUUGUGGGGCAGGCAACAAGCAACAUCCUUGGGAGAAGCUCACAGCAAACUGUCCUCAAAAGUGUCCCUCCAUUUUCCCACAUGGAGUAUUUUGCAGACUCAACCCCUUAUACUAUAACCUCCAAAUGUCCCUAUUUGGCAGGGACACUCCCAAUUAACUCUCCGCCAUCCCACCUUCUCAGCUGCUUUGAAAGUAUCCCAGUCUCUCUCUCCUCCUCUCACUUUCCCCCUUUGUCCUCAGCUUACUUCUGUUGCAGCAAACUGAGUUCAUCUGUGAAAUGUUUGAAGGUUUGUUAUACUGAGUUUGGGUUACUGGGGUCCUUGUCUUUGGGCUGCAACUCCCAGGUGCCCUCACCAUUGGCUAUGCUUGGCUAGGGGUUAACGGAAGCUGUAUGCCAAAAUUUCAUUCAAUCAUUCAUUUUUACAUUACACAAUUAAAGCCAUUGGAUACUACUUUAACUGCUGUGGUACCAUCCAAUGGAAUCCUGGAUCUGUGGUUUUGUGAGGUUUUUAGAAUACUCUGCCACAGAGCUCUCAUGGUUCCUGAAACAACAAACCCCUGGAAUCCACAGGACAGAAACAUGACAGUUGAAGUGUUCUCAAAAUGUUAUAAUUGGGAGUAAGAAAGAGAUUAUAGCCUACUUCUGCUCCACGCCCCCAGAACUGGGACUCAGCGUAGCUCACAAUACAGAACACGAAAACAGACAAAAUAUUAUCAUUAUUUGCAUUUCAAUGAUAAUCUUUUUUGGGGGGAUCUAUAUUAUAAUAAGUCAAUGACAUUUAAAUGAUUUAAAGCAUACAUUACAUAAAUGAAAAGCUUUUUUUAAAAGGACACUAUUAAAUUUCCUUUCUUGUAAAUACUGUUAUAGUUUUCACCAGCUGAUAAAAGGACAACAAGGAGGGUGUCACUCUGGCCUACCUAGGCCCCACAGCCUGGGAGUGUCCACCCAAAAGACCCUGUCUUGCAUCCCCACCAGAGAUGCCUGUGAGGGUGGCAGGAUGGGAAAAGGGGCCUCCUCCAAAGAUCUCAGGGCCAGGCAGGUGAAUAUGGAAGACCUAAGCUUUAUAGGGCUACAGUGGCCCACCUUUGCCUUAUACAGAGCUCUCAAGUGUGCCCAUAAGCUGGUUACUCACCA